AAAUGUCGCAUGGAAACAACCGCUCCGUUUUUCGGUGACAUUCGUUUUAGUAGGUCCUUUGGUUGGUUGGCAGCGCCCGGGACGUGUUCACUGUCUCAUGUUCUCAUACAUUUGAUAACUGUCAGUUCCCGUUAGCGGACAAUUUCAGCUAAUGGGGACUGAUAAUUUCUCAAUGAACUUGCAAUGCUUUCAACUUGAAUGCUGUAUUUUAAUCGUGAGUGGAUUGCUCAUAUCAGAUUGUAUUAUCUACAAGUUUCGCGAAUGCACCACCACUCUCCCCGGUUGCUACAAUAUCAAGUCACAGGGAACCCGGUUAUUCACCGCUAACUGUAACUAUAGAUGCAGCGGGUGUCUAUUUAGCGUCUUAUGCAUACACAACCCACGCUUGAGAACGUUUUAUUAACUCGGAAUGGAAAAUACCGUCGCCAAAGGACUAUCGAGCAGAGUGCCGUGUUCUCUGGGUUUGACUGGUCAGGUCUGAGGCGGUUGCAGAAGGCGCUCUGUUCGUCAUGGCAGUAACACUGCGGAGCGGCGGGACGGUUGAACUCUCUCCCUGACAACGUCAACUGUCCAAUGCCCGCCAUGUCGUCUGUUAUGGAGGAUCCAGCUCUGGAGAGACACUUCAAGGAACACAAGGAUGCCGUCACCUGUGUCGACUUCAAUCCAAACUCCAAGCAGCUGGCCUCCGGGUCAGUGGACAAGAGCCUGAUGAUCUGGAAUCUGGCUCCAAAGGCGAGGGCCUUCCGCUACGUGGGCCACCAAGACGUCAUCACCGGCGUGCAGUUCUCCCCCUCCGGUGACCUCGUAGCUACUUCCUCCAAGGACAGAACGGUCCGGCUGUGGACGCCUUCCACGAAAGGGGCGUCCACGGCGUUCAAGGCGCACACGGCCGCCGUGCGCAGCGUCGCCUUCUCCCCCGACGGCCUCAGACUGGCGACGGCGUCCGACGACAAGUCCGUCAAAGUGUGGAGCGUCCACCAGCAGAGAUUCGUCUGCUCCCUCGCCCAACACACCAACUGGGUGCGCUGCGCCAGGUUUUCUCCUGAUGGGCGUCUCAUUGCGUCCUGCGGAGACGACGGCACCGUCCGGCUGUGGGACACGUCCACCAAACACUGCAUCAACUGCUUCACGUACUACGGCGGAUGCGAAACGUUUGUUGGUUUCAACUCGAGCGGCACCUGCGUGGCGUCCUCGGGAGCCGACAGUUCCCUGAAGGUCUGGGAUCUACGGACCAACAAGCUGAUUCAGCAUUAUCAAGUCCACAGUGCGGGAAUCAACAGCUUCUCCUUCCACCCGUCCAACAACUACCUGAUCAGUGGCUCCAGUGACGGCACCGUUAAGAUCCUGGACCUGCUGGAGGGCCGCCUCAUCUACACGCUGCACGGACACAACGGCCCUGUAUUGACUGUAGCGUUCUCCAGGGCAGGUGACCUCUUUGCCUCGGGGGGAGCUGGUGGUCAGGUGCUGAUGUGGAGGACAAACUUUGACAUCAAAUCCUACCAGAAUGUCCUGCAACAACACAGCCGGAGGUCCACCCCGGAUCCUCCGCCCCACGUAGCCGACAUCCACCCCAGAGGACCCCACCUCCACCUCCCAAAGGCCUCGGCCAUUCAGAUCAGCCCAGCGGUGGCAGACACUCGGUCCACUGAUCCGCUCGUCGUGGAGUUCGGCCAAUCAGCUCGUGGAACCGCAGCGAGCCGCCAGAGGGACGCCACAGUCGCAGAGACACACACGUUCCAACUCCCACUCGGGCUCCCCAGCGGUGGAACACGCUCGACGCUCACGCGCCCCGCGGGAGGAUGGAUGCAGGAGGAAAGUACCAGAGGGGCAGCGGAGCCUGCUUGGAGCCAGACGGGAGGAAGAGGAAGGAGAGAGGAGGAGGAGGAGGAGGAGAGAGGCCCGACCCACCCAUUGGAGGUUCUCUCCGGUCAUCCAUCGGGUCUGGACUCCACCCUGCAGCACAUUGUUCAACAGUUGGAUAUUCUCACGCAGACUGUUUACGUGCUGGAGGAGCGUCUCACCCUCACUGAGGACAAGCUGAAAGGAUUUCUCCUCAACCAGUCCCAGGUUCUCAGGGACGUGCAGCAGUCGGGGGGGAGGCGGAGGACGCAGAGCGAGGGGACGGGUGGAGCACCCGACUCCUACGCACCAACACACGCCGACUGAGGACGCAAACACACAGACUUACACCCCAAGACUCAUGGAGGAAACGGACACAUGUACACGAGGCCUCUGAGAACAGGUUCACCCUUUUCCCUUCCUUUAGGGGCCAAUAAAAUGUUAUUCCUUUCUCCUGGAACUUCCUGCAUCCUGGACACACAGUGUACUAAACCCAAAUAGUUUCACCUCCUCAACGUGAAACCAGCUCUUUUAUGGUUCAAUAAGUGGCAAAAAGGCGAUUCAGUGCUUUUUACUAAAGCCAAUCUUUUCCAAGGAAAACCCAAUUAACUGUGUUUAAGCUCUGGACGUCGUCUUGCUUUGUUUGAGAUGAUCAUAUAACGUGACCCCGAGGGGUCUUCUGUGUGCGAUCAGCAGUUUAGUAACACCACAGCUAUCAGCUUUCCUCAGAGUGCAUCUGUCACAUGUUGAUGUAUCGGCUUCACUCGAUUUCGUCGAGAUGUGUCACUGUGCCUGUAGAACUCACAAGACGGUCCUAUUUACAGAUGAAUUUAACUCUCUGCACCAAAAAAACUUCAAAAUGAAACACCACUCAUCUGAAAUUAACCGUAACCACUUGAAGGCGCAAACAUCACGGUGAGAGGAGACACCUGAGUCAGACUUACGUUACAAAGAAAGCACAACCCUUUCGACAAAAAUCUGGAGUUGAUUAAACGGCCACAUUUUAAGAACUGGUAGUUAUGAAGAGAAAGUAUUAACAAGCCUUUGAAAUACAAGAGAUCCAAUGCGAUAUAAUUAUAAUGCUCAUCCUUCAGACGGCAUCUUGUCUUACAUUCUCCCUUCAAAGACUCACAGAGUCAGACAGUCGCUUUUCAGCAUGUUUUGACCUGUAGAAGAAACAGAAGAAAAACUCCCCUGCAAAUAAACGCCACCCGGCUUCCGGCUUGGUCUUCAUUGGUUUCAUUUGGUUCCUUUUUGUCCGGAAUAAAUGCCCAAACGUGGGAAAACCCCGUCUCCGGUCCCGAGAUAAGGAAGCGGUGGACUUCCUGGCAUCUUAGGGUGGCAUUGGUCUGGAGACAAAGGCCUCAAAGGUCCCCGCGGGGGUCACACAUCCUUCCCUCCUGGCCAUCCACGACCUGCCGGACUCGCAUCACGGCGUCUAACGGGUCUCGUUAUUUUGUAAUCAGACUUUCUAUGGCCUCUAUCUAUUAAUAAUGUGAUGUAUUUCUGUGUUUACUUUGUAUUUCUGGAGAGAAGUUUCUUCACAUGAUGAUCAAUGCUUCUCUUUACGCAGAUCAAGUGUAUGAAAUGUGCAGAAAAUAAGACCCUCAUACCAAGUCUUCUUCAUACUAAACCACCUAGAAUUGUUCCUGAAUAUACACGAUAGAGGAUGUAGCUCAAUGGUGAACAAUCAUCCUCUAUCUGAAUAAUAAAGUCAUAUGAUUGCUCUAA